CGCGCGUACGUGUUUGUGUGUGUGUUUUCCAGCCAUGUCUAUAAAAAAAGUCACCACGCCUUUCUCUUGCAGAGCUCUGGGCUCAGGGGCUUAGCUGCAGGGGUUCAAGGUGUUUGACAUCAGCUGGAAGAUCAUUUCACAUCUGUUAGUUGUUGGAUCACACAACAACUCUUUAACAUAGGAACAUGGCAAAUCACAGCUCUGCUGCUGAGGGUGGGACUUUGGAGAGGUUGGGUUACCGUGGCGUCAUGGUGCAGGUUCUUUUGUUGACUUUUCUCUGCACCAACUUGUUGCUUAUUGUUACCCUUUUGUCCAAUAGUUGCUUUUACACCAGGACGCGCUACAUACUUUUCACUGUCACACUUUUCUCUGACAGUUUAAUUUUAUUUAUAAGCGACAUUCUGUUUCUGGUCAAUCGCUUCAAGAUGCACAUAGCCUUGUGUGUUCCAAUCUACAUUCUGGUGCUUGUUUACAUUUUUGUUACGCCCUUGACUCUGACAGCAAUGACCUUAGAGUGCUAUGUGGCCAUUUGCUUGCCACUGCGUCAUGGAGAGCUCUGCACCACCCGCAGGACCCUGCACUGCAUCCUCAUCAUCCACGGCCUGAGCCUGUUGCCCGUCACAGUAAUUCUCAGUGUUUUCUUCAUCUCAGCUCCUCCCAUAUACUACUCCAUUCAAAGAGUCUGCUCCAUGGACAUGUUUGUCUUUCUCAAAUGGCAGGAUAAUGUUAAGUUGGUUUUAUAUCAGGUGUAUUUUCUUGCAAUGGCUGCCACCAUCUGUUUCUCCUUCAUUAAAAUCAUGAAGGCAGCCAGAGCUGCUUCAAGAGAAGAUAAAAAGUCAGAGAAGAAAGCACUUAGAAGAGUGUCACUGCAUGGUUUUCACCUGCUCCUCUGUCUAGUCCAGCUGUGGUGCCCUUUCAUAGAAACUGCCGUUCUUCAUAUCAGUAUUACACUGUUUAUUGAUGUCAGAGUUUCAAAUUACAUUCUGUUUUAUCUUUCUCCAAAGUGUUUGAAUCCACUCAUUUAUGGCCUCUGGGAUGAGAAGAUUCUCCAAGCUCUGAAAAAGAAAUUCCUGUCAUGGAGACAAGAAAAAGAAUAGGAAACAAAGUCUAUAGGAGCUAGACGUUUGCAAAAUGUUUAACUUGAUCUUUGUUGGAGCACAGUUUGGUUUUAUUACAGAAAUAAAUCUAUCAAGGCAAAAGUUGUUUUUGCUUUUAAAUGAGUCACAUCUCCUGAGUCACACUACAGGUUUUUGAUUGAACUUACUGCAUCAUUGCUGGACCAUUAUUAAUGCAAGAAGCCAAUUGAGGUU